AUGGGUUACACAAUUCUUCAACUAAUCCGUAACUAUUCUGAUAUCAUUCUUCAACCAUUCGGUGUAUUCGCUAACUAUUCUGCUAUCAUUCUUCAACCAUUCGGUGUAUUCGCUAACUAUUGUGCUAUCAUUCUUCCACCAUUCGGUGUAUUCGCUUACUAUUCUGCUAUCUUUCUUCAACCAUUCGGUGUAUUCGCUAACUAUUCUGCUAUCUCUCUUCCAUCAUUCGGUGUAUUCGCUAACUAUUCUGCUAUCAUUCUUCAACCAUUCGGUGUAUUCGCUAACUAUUGUGCUAUCAUUCUUCCACCAUUCGGUGUAUUCGCUAACUAUUCUGCUAUCUUUCUUCAACCAUUCGGUGUAUUCGCUAACUAUUCUGCUAUCUCUCUUCCAUCAUUCGGUGUAUUUGCUAACUAUUCUGCAAUCAUUCUUCCACCAUUCGGUGUAUUCGCUAACUAUUGUGCUAUCAUUCUUCAACCAUUCGGUGUAUUUGCUAACUAUUCUGCAAUCAUUCUUCCACCAUUCGGUGUAUUCGCUAACUAUUGUGCUAUCAUUCUUCAACCAUUCGGUGUAUUCGCUAACUAUUCUGCUAUCAUUCUUCAACCAUUUGGUGUAUUCGCUAACUAUUCUGCUAUCUUUCUUCAACCAUUCGGUGUAUUCGCUAACUAUUCUGCUAUCAUUCUUCAACCAUUCAGAACAACACCAGGAACGGCAAUAGUUACAACACCGGGAAUAUCCUUCAAUUCACCACCUCAAACAACACCAGGAACUGCAACAGCUACAACACCGGGUACAAUGCCUGCUUCUAAACCGGAUACAACGCCAGCUACUACACCUGGACCAACAUCAGCUACAACACCUGGAACAACACCAGAUACAACACCGGGAAAAACAUUCGGUUCAACACCUCAAACACCACCUCAAACAACACCGGGAACUUCAUCGGCUACAGCACCGGGUACAUCGCCAGCUUCCACACCUGGAACAACAUCAGCUUCAGCACCUGAAACAACAUCAGAUACAACAGGGGGAACAACAUUCGGUUCAACACCUCAAACACCUCCUCAAACAACAUCGGGAACUUCAACAGCUACAGCACCGGGUACAUCGCCAGCUUCUAAACCUGGAACAACAUCAGCUACAACACCUGGAACAUCACCAGGUACAAAACCGGAAACAACAUUCGGUACGACACCUCAAACAACACCUGGAACAACAUCAGCUACAACACUUGGAACAACAUCAGAUACAAAUCUGGGAAUAACAUUCGGUUCAACACCUCAAAGACCACCUCAAACAACACCAGGUACUUCAACAGCUACAGCACCGGGUACAACGCCAGCUUCUACACCAGGAACAACAUCAGCUACAACACCUGGAACAACACCAGGUACAAAUCUGGGAACAACAUACGGUUCAACACCUCAAAGACCACCUCAAACAACACCAGGAACUUCAACAGCUACAGCACCGGGUACAACGCCAGCUUCUACACCUGAAACAACAUCAGCUACAACACCUGGAACAACACCAGGUACAAAACCGGGAACAACAUUCGGUACAACACAUCAAACAACACCGGGAACUUCAACAGCUAUAACACAGGGUACAACGCCAGCUUCUACACCAGGAACAACAUCAGCUACAACACCUGGAACAAGACCAGGUACAAAUCUGGGAACAACAUACGGUUCAACACCUCAAAGACCACCUCAAACAACACCAGGAACUUCAACAGCUACAGCACCGGGUACAACGCCAGCUUCUACACCUGAAACAACAUCAGCUACAACACCUGGAACAACACCAGGUACAAAACCGGGAACAACAUUCGGUACAACACAUCAAACAACACCGGGAACUUCAACAGCUAUAACACAGGGUACAACGCCCGCUUCUACACCUGGAACAACAUCAGCUACAACUCCUGGAACCACACCAGGUACAAAACCGGUAACAACAUUCGGUACAACACCUCAAACAACACCGGGAACUUCAACAGCUACAACACCAGAUACAACACCGGGAACAACAUUCGGUACAACAUCUCAAACACCACCUCAAACAACACCGGGAACUUCAACAGCUACAACACCGGGUACAACAUUUGGUACAACAUCUCAAACACCACCUCAAACAAGACCUGGAACAACACCAGGUACAAAACCGGGAACAACAUUCGGUACAACACAUCAAACAACACCGGGAACUUCAACAGCUACAACACCGGGUACAACGCCAGCUUCUACACCUGGAACAACAUCAGCUACAACUCCUAGAACCACCCCAGGUACAACACCUGGAACAACAUCAGCUACAACUCCUGGAACAACAUCAAGUACAAAACAGGGAACAACAUUCGGUACAACAUCUCAAACACCACCGGGAACAACCCCAGGUACAGCACCGGAAACAACUCCAGGAACAGGAAACGAUCCGUCUGACACACAGUCAAGCAUCACAACUAUUCAUGGACACAUAAACUACGAGCCUGAUGAUGUCUAUGUAGAUACCAAUGAAAUGUGGUUUGCUGUCAUAGGAGCAAAUGGUUACUCCGGGCUCCGAAUGGACGUUGAGAUCAUUUCCAUUGACCUAUCAACCUCAUUUGCCUGUUCAAUCUCCAACAUGAACGUGUCACCGACUGCCCUCUGCGAUGGAAUUUACCAAUGCAAUCAUUUCGAGGAUGAAUUAGCAUGCAAUACCAAUACGAUGUGGUUAGCUGUCAUAGGAGCCAAUGGUUACUCCGGGCUCCGAAUGGACGUUGAGAUCAUUUCCAUUGACCUAUCAACCUUAUUUGCCUGUUCAAGCUCUAACAUGAGCGUGUCACCGACUGUCCUUUGCGAUGGAGUUUACCACUGCGAUCAUUACGAGGAUGAAUUAGCGUGCACUAGGAAUUUGGGAGUCGUCUUUGACCAUCUGUUCAAUAUGGAAAAGCAUGUUUCAUCCAUUUGCAGAAGUGCAAAUUUCCACCUUCGGAAUGUCAGGAGAAUCCGUAAAUACAUGUCGAAGCAGACUACAGAACAGAUCAUCCAUGCCUUGGUAACUUCCAGAUUGGACUGCUGUAACGCCCUCCUGGCCCCCCAGUACCUCUCUGAGAUGGUAUUAGUAACGCAGUCAGUGAGGUCAGAGGUCUUCAGCGGCUACGAGACUAGUCGUGUCAAUGACUAUAACGGUUACGUAUGA